AUGUCGUCCGCAUCUACCGCAGCCUUCCGUGCUUCCCUCCUCCGCACAUCAACUUGGUCUCGCGCCGUCUCUAGCCCGGCCUCUACCAGCAGUUUACGCCCGGCUCUCACGGUACCCCGCGCCACUCCCGUCUUCCUCUAUUCCCAGCUUAACCGGCGCACCAUGGCCACGGACGCCCCUGCCAAGAUCAAGGUCAAGAACCCCGUUGUCGAGCUCGACGGUGACGAGAUGACACGGGUGAUCUGGAAGGAUAUCAAGGACAAGUUUAUCUUCCCGUAUCUCGAUGUUGACCUCAAGUACUACGACCUCGGGCUCGAGUACCGCGACGAGACCAGCGACAAGGUUACACUGGAUGCCGCGGAAGCGAUCAAGAAGUACUCCGUUGGUGUGAAGUGCGCAACCAUCACACCUGACGAGGCUCGUGUGAAGGAGUUCAACCUUAAGCAGAUGUGGCUCUCACCCAACGGUACGAUCCGCAAUGCUCUUGGCGGCACUGUCUUCCGCGAGCCGAUUGUCAUCCCCCGCGUUCCACGCCUGGUCCCUGGGUGGAAGAAGCCCAUCAUCAUUGGCCGCCAUGCCUUUGGUGACCAGUACCGGGCCAAGGAUUUGGUUGUCCCCGGCCCCGGCAAGCUCAGCAUGGUCUAUACUCCGACCGGCGGCGAGCCGCAGGAGAUCGAGGUGUUCCAGUUCAAGAACGGCGGCGGCGUUUCCCAAACCCAGUACAAUACCGACGAGAGCAUCGUGGGCUUUGCUCAUGCUAGCUUCAAGCUCGCCAUCACCAAGGGCCUCCCCCUGUACAUGAGCACCAAGAACACCAUUCUCAAGAAGUACGAUGGACGCUUCAAGGACAUCUUCCAAGACCUCUAUGACACCACCUACAAGGCCGAGUUUGAGGCCAAGGGUAUAUGGUACGAGCAUCGCCUGAUUGACGACAUGGUUGCUCAAAUGAUCAAGAGCAGUGGUGGCUACAUUAUGGCGUUGAAGAACUACGACGGCGACGUCCAAUCCGACAUCGUCGCCCAGGGCUUCGGCUCGCUCGGCCUGAUGACCUCGGUUCUUAUCACCCCCGACGGCAAGACCUUCGAGUCCGAGGCCGCCCACGGCACCGUCACCCGCCACUACCGCGAGCACCAAAAGGGCCGCGAGACCUCUACCAACCCGAUCGCUUCCAUCUUCGCCUGGACUCGCGGCCUAAUCCAGCGCGGGAAGCUCGACGAGACCCCUGAAGUUGUUGCUUACGCUGAAAGCCUCGAACGCGCUUGCAUCGACACGGUUGACAUCGAUGGCAUCAUGACCAAGGACUUGGCGCUGGCGUGCGGCAAGACAGCCCGCGAGGACUAUGUCACUACUGGCGAGUACCUGAACGCGGUCGAGAGGAGGUUGAAGCAGAGCUUGAAGGAGAAGCUUUAA